AUGGCGUUUCAAGACUGUGACCGAUUCGAACAAGCUUAUCGUUGUUACUCUCUCCCUCCUGAAAAAUCUCAUCUGGAAAGUGGCAAUAAAAUUUUGAUGCCGCCUUCGGCUUUGAAUCGUCUUGUGGCUCUGGAGAUUGAUUAUCCAAUGUUGUUCGAAAUCCAAAAUCCUAACACCGGGCGCGUGUCCUAUUGUGGUGUUCAUGAGUUCAUUGCUGAAGAGGGUUUAAUCUUCAUGCCCGAGUGGAUGAUGAAGAACAUGAAAGUAUUACAUGGAGAUCUCGUGGUGCUCAAGAGCGCCAGUCUUCAUAAGGGGACGUACAUGAAGUUGCAGCCUCACACGAAGGAUUUCAUUGAGCUUUCGAACCCUAAAGCUGUACUGGAAGAAACUCUGAGAAGCUUUUCGUGUUUGACUAUUGGAGAUACCAUCAUGAUCACUCAUGGUGAUAAGAAGUUUCACAUUGAUAUAGUAGAAACCAAGCCUUUCUCUUCAGUUAGUGUCAUUGAGACAGAUUGUGAGGUGGAUUUUGCUCCUCCCUUAGAUUAUAAAGAACCGGAAAAACCAGUAAAAUCAAUUCAAGAGGAGCCAAACGAAGAAGAAGAAGAACACAAGUUUAGGCCAUUCCAAGGCCUUGGGAGGCGCUUGGAUGGGAAAGCUUCCAUGCUCGAGGACUUGCCGCGGCUGAUUGCUACGAAUGGGAAAAGGAUGGACACUGUAGCAAACUCCGGCACCGGCAAAAAAUCAGGGAAACUUGUUUUUGGAUCUAAUGCGACUCAGACUCAAAAACUGUCAGCAGAUAUUUCAGGAAAAGAAGAAACUCAAAAACUGUCAGCAGAGAUUUCAGGAAAAGAAGAAGUAGCUUCAAGCAAAGAAGAGAAGAAGUUCCAACCAUUCACAGGCAAGAAGUACACGCUAACAAGCUGA